AGAGUAUUUUGUUUCUACACUUAGUACGUUGCAUCGCAAUUAAUGGGCUCAUUAAUACCAAACUCACUUUCCCAUUCUCGUCGAAAGUAGCCAACUGUGAAGAUCAAAGCAAAUUAUGGUUUUGCAAAUCUCUAAGGAAAGCCACGAGAGUUUUAUUGUAAGAAGCCUUGUAACGUUACCAUUUUGAGCAUAAGGAAAUUGACAAUUGUCCAUUUCAUCCGUGAAAUCUUUAUUCAGGACUGGAGAUGUUGGUAGCUCUAUAACAGACAUGAUGUAAACUGCGGUGAACAGCAUGAUGAAUCUGAGAUAGGAAAUAGACAAACAGAAAAACGGUAGCAUAAUAGUGCCUUGGAUGUACACAUAUAAGACAAUGGAUAUAUUUUGUAUGGUAAACAGAGUGUAUUUGAUAAUGGCAGUUCGGUUACUUCUGGUUGCUGUGAGUAGCGCAAACAGCACUUCGAGUACAGAAGAAGAAGGAAUACGCGCAAAUGAUGGUAACUACCCGGGUUGCUAUCCUCAAACCUGCUUUGACAUACAUUUGCUAUAUCAUCUAAACCUCUCAGAGGUAACGCCCGAUUCGUGUACAGCAACAUGCAAACAACAAGGUUAUAGUAUAGCUGCUGUAUACAACAGAACAAAAUGCUCUUGCUCGUGUGAGCUGCCGAAUGCAUGCAUUGGUAAAGUUAUGGACCCCGGUCUAGGCAACACAUGUGGCUUACCAUGCAGAGGUAAUGUAUCUAUAUUCUGUGGUGGCUAUCUCGGAGCAUCUGUAUAUGAUGUUAAAUCUAGAAACGCAUCAAAAAGCAACUGCACGCAGACCAAGCCUAAUAGUAGUAAUACGGAUGUAUCUGAAGGAUCAACGGAAUCUUGGUCAUGGUCGUGGGGUCAUGUAAGACCUUAUGUUAUUGGCGGUGCGAGUUUAUUCCUAGUAUUACUCAUCAUAAUCGUCUAUGCUUGUUUGAGAAACCGGGAUCGUCGGGUGGUCUACUCGCCUCGAAAUCAUUCACGCAGAUGGCGUGCCGAUGCAUCGUCUCGAGAAAAUGAAGAGCGCCAUCUUACUGACCCACAAACAAGCAGUAAUCAACCACAACUUCCUCUCCGAAACCUUGGUAGCGGCCAACAGCCAUCUGAGGUAGACUCGGUACGAACUCGGAUCCGAAACACUAAAGAAGAAGUCACAAGCGACGGUAUUCUGGUUCGAGAAUCCGAUUUUUAUAAUGUCAUUACUGAGGAAGGUGAUAUGCCCGUGCCAGAAUCAAAAUUCUACCAUGUCCUAAACAAGGAAGAUGACUGCGAAACAUACAGCCAAGAACAUUCAAUGGCUAUUGAAAAUGCCUACGCAUACGCUGAUUGCCGAGCCUACACCGACAGUUUCACUCGCUCGGCUGCUUUCAUUCGUACACAGUAUGAUAGCAUGCCUCGGUGCCCAGAGGGUUCUGAAGAGAUCGGACAUGAAAUGAUCAAUAACGAACUUUAUGCAAUCUCUAAGAAAUAAAGCGAACCAAAAUUUAUCAUGAUACAUUACCAUCAGAAUGCAAAGGGAAACCGUUCGAAAACAAUCUGCCGGACCUCACAUUUUCAAAACUAUUAUUUUUUCAAUAAAUUUACGCUUGCAAACAGAAUAUUGAAAAGUUGAACCGUGAUCAUACCAGCUAGCGAUCACUUUAUUAUUGUUACCUGCGAAUUAACGUACGUGUUCCUACAUAGUAAGUGAUCGAAGUUCCCCACUCUCUCAGAUCUUACUUUGUUUGCAUAAGGUUUGGGAUCCACAACGCCAUUUCUUAACUUAUGAAGAGCUGCAUGUUUUAAGACUGGAUUUUAUAUCUAAAUGGUUGGGUACUUUAUCGGGACAAAUUUGGUUUGCAAGAAUAUGUUGCACUAUGGGAGAAAUUGAACGUUCGGGGAAGAUCUAAAGUAGAUCCGACCCUUGUGCAAGCAAACUGUUCUUUAUUUCUCUCUCUCUCUCUCUCUUUAUAAAUGUGAGAAGUUAUACAUGUACAACAGCUUUCGUAACUCUGGUAUUUAAAUAUGUUGUGAAAAAAGAAAUGAAGAGCACAAUAGUAGGCGUAGCUUGAAUAUAGGUUCCUCAGAGCCACAUGCCCUAUGGAAAAUUGCUUAGAUACACAGUGCAUGUAUGGGACAAAUAAAAAAGUGACAUAUUAUACAUGCACAACAGCUUUGACAACUCUUGUAUUCAUGUUGGAAGAAAUGAAUGAAGAGAACAAUGGUCCAUAUACAUUGGCGGGCGGAAGCCAAAACAAAUUAGGGGGGGGGACCAACCAAAUUUUUUGACAAGCAAAAAAAAGAAAAAAAGAAAAGAAAGGUCAUCAACCUAAAUUUUAGGGGGGUCCAACUGAUUUUUUUUUUUUUUUUUUGGGGGGGGGGGUCGUCCCCCCACGUCAAAUUUAAGAGGUGACAGGUCCCUCCCUCCCUCCCGACCCCCCCCCCGCUUCCGCCGCCUAUGUCCACAUCUAGGCGUAGCUUAAAUCAAGGUUCCUCAGAGCUAUCCGCCCUUUGGGAAAAAAAAUGGUAAUGCCGAUAAAAUGUCAAUGCGGGGAAACGAACCCGGGCUCUUAACUUUGAACGCCUUUGCCUUAACCACUAGACCACAGUGAUAGGUAAGUGGCUCGAGCGACCCAGAUAAACAGAUUUUCGACAGUGUAGGUGAGUUCUUAACAAUGACAAGUCGCCGUGCCUCAGCUGGAUCAAAGCCCAUAAUGGAAAAAAAAACAUUUUAAAUUUUGAUCCAUAGAAUUAAAUUCCUAUACUAAGAAGUUCGGACAAGGUGAUCUAACUUUGUCAAGUUGGAAACUAUUCCGAAUUUUCCUCUGACCUUACUCUGCCUAAAUAGCCUAAGUCUGAACGAGGAUUUUCAUCCAAUUAUCUGAGAAUUCUGUUCGAUGUCUUAUUUUUAUUACUUUUGGAGCGUCGUGGCCCAGUGGAUUAGUCUCCGGACUUUGAAACAGAGGGUCGUGGGUUCGAAUCCCAGCCAUGGCGUUAUUUCCUUCAGCAAGAUAUUUAUCCACAUUGUGCUGCACUCGACCAAGGUGAGGUGAAUGGGUACCCGGUAGGAGUUUUCCUUGAACGCUUUAGCGCCAAUUAAUAUGGCGGCUCAGCUACAGCCGGGUUAAUAAUAUGAUACCAAGUAUCCAAGUGCAGUUGAGUAUAUGCACAUAGUAACUGAGCUACAUAAAUGGACACAUUAUUAUUAUUUUUAUGAUGAUUUUUACAAACCUUCAACCCUUAUGGUGGUAUCUUGCCGAGACAAAAUGGAACUGAAUUAUGCAAAACAAAAUCUAUAAUUCGUUUCGGACAAAUGAGGACGAGGAGGUACCCAUGGCAAUAGUCGAAAUUGAUGCCAUAAGUUUCACUCGAAAUUGUUUGGAAUUGUUAAUUGCCGAUAGGUGACUAUUUGCAAACAUCAAAUUUAAUGUUAAAGAUGUAAAUAAAAUGUACAUCUUAGCAUCUAAAUAUUAUACUUUAAUUCUUAAAUUAUGUCGUUAUGUAUGGUUUGAAUGUUAUGGUUCAACCACAAGUAAUACCUCUAUUGUUGCAACUAUACUAUAGAUAUUAUCAAUGGCACUGUAAAUAUGAAAUCAUUCCUAAAUGUGUGCACCGAUAAAUACGCUCAAAAUUAUAAAUGAUAAAACAAAUCAUUCAUUUGCACAAUUGCCUACAACGAAUUUUCGCUAAUUAUAUAUUGGCAAGUCAGAUGGUAUCUUCCAAAUAUAAUUAAUAUAUUCCUGAUUCCUUUGUAUGAAAGUCAAUAAAAAAAAAGGCCUGACUUC